CUGAGGGGAAGGCGCUCAGGGGCAGGCACCGCCCGCCGCCCCGCGCCGCCCCGGAGCAGGAAGCGGGGGAUGGCGGCCCCUGACCCCGGCGCGGCACGGAAGAGCUUGCGGGGAAGGGACGGAGAUGGGAUGAGAAGAGAUAAGUGUCCUGCACUGCAAAUGGCCUCCCGUUUGGCAUUUACUGGGUGCUAGCCUGGAAUCAUCUUUGGAAGAAGAAGAAGGUUGAUGACACUAAGAUGUUUGACAGAAUCAAACGAUCUGAUGAAGUUUCUGCUUCUUCAGCACAAGGAAUAGAAAGACAUGGUGUUGAAGGUUCGCUACAACAGGACAGCAAUAGCAGUUUGCAUACGAGAGGGCAAGAACAUCCUCGGCCUGGAGUAUCCACCAUGCAAAACAGGCAAGGAUACUGCAACUGCUGCCAUGUACACUACAGUAAUCUGGAACAGCAUAUUUUCAGCUCUCAGCACAGACAUUUUACCACUUACUGCAGGAAUCGUAUGGGUACCAGUAGCUUGAUGGAGCGUUUCCUGCAAGAUGUUUUGCAGCAUCAUCCCCACCGAUACCAUGACAACAGGCCAACCUAUGAUGACAUGCCACUCCAAAUCACUCCAGCAUCUGCUAGGAUUGCUUGCCUGUCUUCAGAAGAGACCGAGAAAAAGAAGAAUAGAGGCACACAGGAGAUUUCUAGCAAAGACCAGGAGUCCACUGAUGACAUGUGCUCUUCUGCUCCAUGCCUGUCUCAUGAGGGCCCAAAGGAAACUUCUGUAACACAAACACUUACUCAGAAAUUAAAAACUGAGGAGGACCGUGUUAUAGGAAUAUCCCAGCAGUCUACUGGCAUUUGUAGCAAUGAGAAAUGGAAUGUCCUGAAAGAUGCUCAAACUGCAAAUCAUAGCCAUGAAGACCAGUUUACGGCUGUGAGCUCCAUACCUCAGCACUUGUCUGUCAAUCCUUUAACACAUAAUUCUUCUGUUAAUCCUAAAAUAGAAAAAAAUGUUAAGAAUUUGUCAUCAUCAAAUAAGAUUCCACAUAGUGGAUGUGAUGAAACAGAAACUGAGAUAGGCAAUAGGGAUGUGUUAUUGAAACCAUGCUUGAAUCCUGCUGUGGCACUGGCUCACCCUAAAUACCCUUCAGUUUCACAACAGAAUCCUGUGUAUAGGCACAGGGAUUCUUUACGUAUUACCUCAGGUCAAUCUCUUUUAAAACAAGAUAGUUUACAAACUCAGGACGAAACUUUGGUGUCUGAUUUCCAUCUCAGGGAUACUGUGGGUAUUAACAGCUCCCUAGAUCUUGGGACUUCCCCACAACUAGCAAGAUGCAAAAAUGUGAAGACAAACAGGGGUGAUGAAAGUUCAGUGGAUGAAACUAUUGAAAAUGUUAUUCUGAAGUACUGCCAUGGAACCACAUAUGAAGAACUUCAUUUCAAAGAGGAGAACAAUCUCUGUUUAACUGUUUCAUCGCUUCUGGAUCGUACUCAUUUAGAGGGUUCUGAAAUGAGUUUUGACUGUGAUGCACCUAUUCAAUCAGGAACAGACUUACCCAGGGCAGCUGUAAAAGACAUAGAGUUGCUAAAAGAGGUCCAAAUAAGUUUGCAAGAUAAAGACUAUGGAACACAGCUCUCUUCUGUUUUAAAAAGUGAGUCAUUGCAGCAAAUAGAAACAGUGAAACGGGAUGUAGUAGCUCAUACUGAAGAACCAGUUCUUCCAGCUCUGCCUCAUGUGCCUCCUUCUUUUGUGGGAAAGACUUGGUCUCAAAUAAUGUAUGAAGAUGAUAUAAAAAUUGAAGAACUUGUGCGUGAUUUCAGGGAAGGUCGUUUUCGCUGCUACUUUGACAGCGAAUCCUCAGCCAACUUUACGGGGAGGAGAAUGAAGAAAAAAAAGCAGAAAGAUGAGAAAAAGAAUGAUACUGCUGAGGGUAACAGAACAGAAAGUGCAUCAGUUAAAGUACUGCCAGAAUUUAAUGAUGCUUUAAGUGGUGGCUCUGAUUUUGAUAACCAAUCUGUAGCUUCAAGUAUGCUAUGCAACCAACAAAUUCUUAAAAUGCCUAGGAAAAGGACAUGGCGCCUAGCUUCAAGAUGCCAGGUGGUUAAAGUUAGCCAUGGCACACAAACGAGUCUAUUGAAUUACCCUGUAACAAAAAGAAAAAUGGCUAGAAGGGAGUCUGAUCAAGCUGAUCAGAAAGAAAGCAUCAUGUGGCCAGAAGGUGAAAAGACUCCAAACAUGAAAACUAGACUAUGUGCCCUUAAACUUCCCGAGUCCUAUAGCAAGAUUAUGAGCCCUGUGCAACCCAAGACAACGGUGUAUGUACUUUCAUGUCCAGAGAUUAAACAGUGUAAAGGUAAACCUGUAGACAUUCCCCAAAUGAGGAAAAGUCGUAACUCCACAGAUAGCAAGGACUCUAUAAGGUAUAAAUACAAACAGUGUUCUUUGAAGUAUUAUGACCCACUGACAAAUAGAAUUCUGAAAAUGCCUCCCAAGAGUUCUGUUGGAGAAAAGGUCAAAAAGCCCUCCCAUGUUAGACAGCUUUUCAGAAGUCUCAGCUUUGAUGCAAACAUGAGGAAACUAGCUGAUGCACAGAGAGAAGGCAUACCAUCAAAGUCCUUGAAUUGGUCAGACCUCUAUAGCUCAUCUUCAGCAACUCUUCUGCCAGACCCAGGUAAAGGGAACGAUACAGCAUCAAGUCAAAAAGCAGAUGGAUCUUCCAUGAUUUCCAUGGAAAGAACAGAUUGUCUUGUAUCUGGUCACUGUGAGAACUCUUCGAAACACCAGUCUGUGGUAGAAGGAGACAGUAGAUUAACUCCUUUGAACAGCAGAGUUACCAAAACUCCUCUGACCUCCAUCAGGAGUGAGCGAUUAGAGAGGGAGAAUCCAAAAGCAAUGUGGAAGAGAAAAGAAGGCACUAGCAUAGAACCACUUUUUUCCAAAAAGGCUGCAGGAGCUAUGUCUGUCAGAUGCACUGUUGGGAGAAGAGGAAACAGAGUGAACACAGGCAAACAAACUUCCAGAACUAUAAAACAGCAAAAAGAGGGAAUGAGAAGGAAACUUUCUCCUUGUGCACAGAAAUCUUCUGCUUUCUCCAUACACAGGCACCAGACAAGGAAAACUACAGUGGGAAAGCACCUUAACAAAGAAAAGCCUGAUGCUAAAAAAUUAAAGCCAGCACCUGGAAAAGAAGGGAACAAAAGGAGGUCAUAGACAAAGCAGUUGAAGUGUUAGAGCUGCAGAAAGUGCAAAGCCAGUCUAAUGUGAAACAGGUACAACUUUAAACUGAGUUCUUGUUCCUGAUAUAUGGGACAUUAUAUAUGGGGCAUAUAUUGCACUGUUCUACUGUGUAAAGCUGCAAAAGUUGUGCAUUUGAGUUAAAAGCACUUAAAACCCUAUUUACUAGACUUCACUUGUGCAUCAAAACAAAUGAGCUUGAAUAGUAUCAUAUUGUUUUUAUGGUAUUAUCAGUGCGUAAUAGUGCACUACAAUAGGGUAAAUUAGAAGCUGUACUAAUUGUGCCUAUUCUAAUUUUUUUCCACAUAAUUUUAAAGUGCAAAAAAUGACUCAUGCUAAAAAUUAAUUUAAGAUAUCUUAAUCUGGGGUGAAUUCUGUGUAUGUAUUUUGUGUUUGUAUAUAUGCACACCUUGUUCAACACGUAAUAUGGUAUAUACUUGCCUAUGGAGUGGUAUUGAAAUUAAUACAGUAUGAUGCAGUUCAGAUCAAUUCAGUGUUUUCUUGAAAUGAAAUACAAUUAUGCGUGUUUUUAUACCAACGUUUUCUUGAAACCAUGUCCAAAUCAGUUAUUUUGGGCAACAAGUCACUGUGGGCUGUUAUCAAGCAAUAAUGGACCAUGCUGGUAAGGAAAUAUGUCUCCCUUGAGUACUGUUCCAAUGGUGGUGGCUAUAUUGAAACCUCAAAUUCCAAAAGAGAAUACAGGUUUAGGGUUACUUUAUUCUGCUUUUUUUUUAAUAGCUUAUUGAUAAAGUUUAUAGGUUAAUUUUACAUUCCUUAGUGAGGGUAUGGAAAAGUUAGAGACAAGUAGCAGUGAGUUGUUCUAAUCUUAAAUUUGAGAUCCAGUGGGUUUUUUUUUGGAUUUUAAUUGGGCAUACUGUUGGUUAAGUUUUUGUGUACUGUAGUUGAAACUAUUAAAUAUUCAGUAAAACAUUUAAAUAAAACAAACCUAAAGCGGCAUCUAUCUAAAUGUAUUAAAAUUAAAAUAUCUGUUUAAAACGGAUAUUUAAAUAAGCUGAAUUUAAUAAAUAAAUAAAUUAUAUUCCAUUAGUGAUUUUUGUUAGGCCAUUGAUGCUCUAUGAUUUUGUCUAUGGCAAAAAAAAAAAAAGACCAUAGCGUUCUGUGGCUUUCGGUUAUAUUUGUUUCUGGCUUUUGUUUUGGUUUCUUUGGGUAUGUUUUUGUUUGUCUUUUGUUUUGCUUUUGUUUUAGUUGUUAUGAUGGCAGCUUAUUUAAUUAAAGUGUGUUUAGGAGACAAACCCUAGUCUUGAAGAUGUUUCUACACUUUAAAAUCAAAAUUAAUUGUUCACUUGUAUUAAAUUAAGCACAGAGUUAAACGUCGUCAUAGGCAGGGCUCUGGUUUGCAAAUUUGCAAUUUGGUAUGUUAUCUAAUCUAUCCUGUUGUAAAGUUAUUUGUAAAUUCUAUACUUGUACAAUACAUCUUUCUUAUAUGCUAUAAGAAAGCAUAUAUAAAAGACCAAGACCCUGCUCUCUCUGCCAUUACACACUAUAUGUGUGCUUCCCCCCCAAAAAAAAAUUCAAAACACGUUCUUGAUUCGCUUUCUGAAGUGUCAAGGGUCACUAGUUUGUAUUGAGAUAAAGCUGUGCUAUGAAAUGUUGUAUUUUGAAAUACAGCAUCUGAAUGAAAUGUAAAAGCUGUCAUCAUAAGCCACUCAUUGUUAAAAAAAAAAAAAAUCAAAAAAAGAAAAAAAAUCCAACUAUAUAAAUGUGCAUAUUUCCCAGGAUAAGUCAAUGACGUGCAUGUACUUAAACCAGCUGGAAACUAAAUUACAAGUCAAAUAUCAUCUGACGCUUCUUUUUUUUUUUCUUUUAGUUUUGAAAUAAAAGUCUGUUUCUAUGGAUGAGUUUUCCUAUGUUUGUCAGUUGACAAAGAAUCUUAUGACUGGAUUACAAGUCACUGGAAAAAAAAAAAAGGGGGUUAUGAGUUCUUAUAGCCCUAACUAAUUGUGCCUGUAUAAUUUAAUAUUUUGUCUAAUAUAAAACUGAUUUUUUAAAGAAAAAUUUAAUGGAAUGGUUUUUAUAGAAAAGCCUAAUUUUUAGAUUAAAGUUUUAAAGCCAAAAAAAAAAAAGAUUUUUAAGAUAAAGUUUGUUUUAAAGCAAAGCUUUAAAUUAACUCUUAAGUCCCAUUCUAACAUAUUUUUAUGAUACAAGAAUGUUUCCCUAUCUAAUUUCUUCAGUCUAAUUUUUCACGAUAUUGUACAUAUGAAAAGUAUAUAUUGUUCUGUUUGAGUAAGGUUUAAUGCACAUUCUAUUUUGAUUGCUAGUGUGUAUUUGUUUACACUCAAAAAUACUGUUUUCCAUACUCAUUUAUUGCAAGCUUGUUUCUGCAGCACAGAAAUUUCCUUGAAACAUUGAGAGUAAUAAAGUAUAUUGUGGACUAUACAAUGACUAACUUUUUUAGCAUCUUUUUUUUGGGUGGCGGGGUACAUAAUAGACCCCUUUAUCUAGGUGUUGAGUUGUUUUACUUUUUUUUUUUUAACAGAGAAAAGUUAUUUAAUUAAAAGUGUAAGUAGCUAUAUAUUUACCUUUAAAAAAAGAAGAUGAACUCUAACAACUUUUAUUAAAGAAGAAGACUUGAGGUCCAAGUCUGGAAACAAUUCUGUGGUUGAAAAUGUAAAAGUGAGAUUUAAUGUAUGCUCAGAUUUUAUUCUAUGCAUCUCUUAUGACUGUUUAAAAACCUCUUCUGUGCAUGCUCAUUGACUACUAGGAAAGAGGGGAGAUUGUGGUAUGAGAGAAGCAAAUGUAGAAUCUGCCUUGGAAGAAGAGUUGAUGAAAAUAUGUAUUAAAAAAAAAAAGGCAGAUAUAAUACCAUGUGCAUGAAGGACAAAGGAGUUUUUUGGGGAUCUUGAGGAAUUGUUAUACUAAUUCCUCAUUAAUGUUAUAUAUUCUGCUGCUGUUAUUGAGUAGCACGCUGUUCAUUGACAUCUUGGCUGAAACUUCAAAACAUGGUUGUAGAGGCUACAGCAAUGAAAAACUUGAAUGCUGAAAUACUUUCUCACUGAAAUUGGAAGGAUUUUGUUUUUUUGCAUCAUUGGACAAAGGUGCUUACCAGUAUAUUUGCAUGUCUUAAUGUGCAAAAGCAAGAAAAGAUAACUUGACUGAAGAGGAACAAAGUCAUGCUUUUAGAAUCUAACUGGCAGCAGUUAGAUGCAGAAUAGCUUGCAUAGAAGAGAAAAUAGAAUAGAAUAGAAAAAUGUUACUAUUUCUUCUGUGCAUGUCAUUUUUGACCUUCCAUAAGUUCAUACUUGUAAUUUUAAUACAGUUAAUAAUUUUAAAUAAGUCCCUCUCUGUAAAGUACUCAUUCAAAUUUUUAAACCUCAUUAUAAGUAGAUCGAUCUUUAUCUUUAGUAUUGUGAUCAUUGAGUGUGAUCUAAACUCUUACCGUGCUAGAUGCUAAGCAAACAGAAUAAUAAGUCCCCCAAAAUUUAGAUGUCUGAUGUUUGCACCUAGCAGUUCUUCAGUUUUUUUUUCUGAUUGGCUUUUUCAUUUUCUAGUUCUUUUUGUGCUUGUAGUAUCAAAGUACUCCUCUCUGGGACUUGCAUGCAAUGAGAUAUUUAGUUGUCUUUAUAAUGUGAUUAUGACUUAAUCCAAAGAUUCAUGCUAAAUUCGUGCCUAAAUGAGAACACAUCUUUGUGGUUUUCACAUUCUUACAAUUGGUAAUGUAUUUUGAAACAUUUUUGCUUGAUGUAGGUUUUUUUUAACCUUUUUUUAAUCUGCUUCUUUAUCUCUGUCUGCGGUCAUUUGACAUAGUAUGUGUUUGUAAUAACAUAGUGAUGUCACAGACUUUUCCAGUGAUAUUGCUGGAUGUUCUUUGUAUUGUUGGCUCUCAGACAUGCAAUUGAAUUUUUUUUUCUUAAUGUUAUGAAGAGCUAGAGGACAGGAUAUAGUAUCUGGAAAUAAAUUAGUGACAGGUAACAGAAGUGGAUGGUGUCCUGAUCUGAAGUGUAGAGGAGAGGUUCAUGUUUGUGUUUCAGUGCUUCGGAGUCUGCUUACUUCACUGACCAAUGCUAAAAGGAUGUGGGAUGACAAAUCUUAAUUUAUUUAGUUGUUUUCCCUUCUCUUUCACCUAGGGUAAAUCUGCCUCACAACGGAGCAGUCUGAAUUCAUACAGAACAGUGUGUCAACUCUUGAUGUUAUGGGGAUAAGAAAAGUAAAACAUACCUCACUUGCUUAAUGCAAUUAAAGUCCAGCAAUUUUUGUUGUCAGUGACUUACUUGCUGUGAUUUACAGCAUUCCAGAUGAUAAUUUUCUGAAAACUCUGUACUCACAUAAGUUUGAGCAUGCCCAGAAGCAAAGGUUUUGUUCCUUGUUUGCUUAUAUUGUUUUACAGUUAUGAAUAUAUUCAUUCCUUCAGCAGAACCAAUCUUGUUUUAAUAAAAUAAAAACCAAA